AUGGGGGGACCGGGGCCCGGCGGACCAGGAAUGGGCGGACCGGGUCCCGGGCCUGGACCGGGGAUGGGGCCACCGGGACCGGGGGGCGCGGGGAUGGGCGGACCAGGACCCGGGGGACCGGGGAUGGGGCAUGGUCCCGGACGCGGUAUCCCCGGCCCAGGCGGACCGGGGGGACCGGGGGGGCGAGGGGGGCCGGGGCAUGGGGGCCCCGGGCAGGGGUUUGGGCGCGGAGGGGGGUUUGAAGGAGGGUUUCAUCCUGGCGCAGGGUUUGGGGGGCGCGGGGAGUAUGGGGGAAGGGGGGAGUAUGGCGGAAGGGGGGAGUAUGGUGGCGGACGGGGCGGAGAUUUCGGUGGGAGAGGCGGGUUCUUUGAUGGUAAGUACGCUGAUACUUCUCCCAAUUCACCUCUGCCUCCUCCCCGUUCCCCCGAACCCUUGCUUCCGUCCCUUCCUCCCUGCAGCGCGCAGAAUGCAGCAACGCACAGUGGACUGCAGUGCCACGCCACAGUGGCGCUCUACCUGCCUGCACGCCCUUAUGCUUGCAAUGCCUUUAUCCUCCCCCCUGCCGCUCUGUGCAGCGCGCAGGAUGCAGCGCAGAGGCAUGCAGCGGCGCACGGUGGACUACAGCGCCACGGUGGCGCUCUACCUGCACGCCCAUGCCACCAAACCGUGGCAAGCUGUCCCCCCUCAAACCUUCCCAACCGCUCUCAACAACCCUCAACCACCCUCAACCCACCACCAGCGCGCAGGAUGCAGAGGCGGGGCAUGCAGCGGCGAACAGUGGACUACAGCGCCACGGUGGCGCUCUACCUGCACGAGCGCGCGCGCCAGUGGGACGCGCGCGACGCCUCUGACCUCCUGCCCGCCUCCUCCGCUUCCCUCAAGCUGCUGCCGUGCAUGGCAUACGAGGACCACCCAGCAGCCAGCAUCGCAUCUCGCUUUGUGCACGCCUCCACCAACAAGAUCCGCUGCCCCAUCAACCAAGUCGUGCCCAACCCCUCCCCCUGCUCUCGCCCUCUCCUCCUCCACUCCACUCCACACACCCCAACUCGUCUUCCUUCCUCUCUCCCCGCGCCCCUCUCCGCGUUGCUUACCUCACCCCACCCCGCCCCAUCUCUCCCCACCUCACCUCACCUCACCCCACCCCACCCCACCCCAUCCCGCCCCAACCCCCCAACUCCUCGCCAGUGGACGCCCACGGGGCGGCGGCUGCUGACAGGGUCACAAAGCGGCGAGUUCACGCUGUGGAACGGGCUGUCCUUCAACUUCGAAAUGCUCAUGCAGGUGGGUCCGUGGGGGCCCGGGGGGGAGAGGGUGGAGGGGAAGGGUAGUGAUGGGGGUGCUGUUCUUGAGGUUGCUGCUGGGGGGUUGGGGUGCUGCUGCGAGUUCACGCUGUGGAACGGGCUGUCUUUCAACUUUGAGAUGCUCAUGCAGGCCCACCAGGUGGCGGCCCACCAGGUGGCCGUGAGGAGCAUGGUGUGGAGUCACAACGGCAACUGGCUGGUUUCAGGGGACGACUCAGGAUGCAUCAAGUACUUCCAGACGAAUCUGCGCAUGAUGAAGGAGAAUGCCAUGGCCCACAAGGAGUCCGUGCAGGGCGUCAGCUUUUCAAGCUCCGAUCUCAAGUUCUGCUCAUGCUCUGACGACACGGCGGUCAAGGUGUGGGACUUUGCGCGCUGCCAGGACGAGGUCACCCUCGCAGGCCACCGCUGGAACGUGCUGUGUGUGGACUGGCACCCCUUGAACUCCCUCAUCGUCUCAGGCGGCAAGGACACGCACUCGAAGCUCUGGGAUGCGCGCACGGGACGCGAGGUGUGCACCCUGUACGGGCACAAGCGCACGGUGCGGUCAGUGGCAUGGAACCAGAACGGCAACUGGCUUGCAUCAUCCUCCGAUGACCAGCUCGUGAAGCUGUACGACAUCCGCACGCUCAAGGAAAUGGAGACGUUCAAGGGGCAUACGAAGGAAGUCUCAUCCAUAGCAUGGCAUCCCGUGCACGAGGACCUGCUCGCCAGUGGCGGUUCCGAUGGCAGCAUCCUCUUCUGGCUCGUGGGUUCGAACACAAGCGGGCCGGCAGCAGAGGUGACAAACGCACACGAGAAUGCAGUGCUGUCGCUGGCAUGGCACCCGCUGGGGCACACGCUGUGCAGCGGCAGUCGUGACCAGAGCACCAAAUUCUGGAGCCGCAACCGGCCUGGCGAUGCUGUGAAGGACCCCAUGGGAUCAGUCAACACUGCUUCCCCUGCUGCUGCUGCCACCGCCACUCCCGGUUAUGCUGGCCCGGGAAGCGCCGGGCCUGGAGGCUUGGCACAUCCAGGCAUGGGAGGAGGUGGGGGGCCAGGUGGGGGUUAUUCUGGGCAGGGCAGUUUUGAGGGAGGGGGUAGGCCAGGCCCCUUGGGUGGGAUGGGUGGAGGGAUGGGUUAUGGGAUGGACGUGGGGAUGGGUGGGGAAGGGGGUAUGGGCAGACCAGGGUAUGGGCCUGGGGGGGAUAUGGGUCUUGGUGGCUUAGGGGAUGGUUUUCAUGGGGGUGGUGGGGGUCUCAUGGGGCAGUUUGGUCAUGGGCAAUAUGGAGGCCAGGGGAUGGGCCAUGGACCCCCUCCACCACAACCACCGCCUCCCUACCAGCAACGAUAUCCUUGA